CCCAUUGCUCUGCCUCUCAUCCCAUCUCACCUCCUGUUGAGCGCAUAAGCAUAACAGUCAGAAUAUGACUCAGAUCAGCGUUAUUACUGCGAUUACUUGAAAACUCUUUAUAUGGACAAACUGAAGUGUCCAUUCAUCUGUGCAAUUUGCGGAUCCAGUGAAGGCUGCUCCUGACAGGUGCGCACUGUGUCCAAAGGAGGAUGGGCAGGCGUGAAGCGCACGGCAGAGGCGCGAUGAACCCCAGCCACCUCUCCGAACUCGGCUGUCUUCAGGACUCUGCGUCCAGCGGACAGCAUCGGGGAAGCGGCGGAGAGCAGCUGCAGAGGACCGACGGCGGUCAUCCAUGCAGCUCAGAUCAGCGGCUAAGAAAGCCGGUGACAGCGAGCCGGGCAUCGGCUUUGGCUGCAGCGCCGGUGGAGGUGAAGAAACACCAGCAUAAACACAACUUGAAGCACCGCUAUGAGGUGAUGGAGACGCUGGGGAAAGGUACCUAUGGAAAAGUCAAAAAAGCAGUGGAAAGGUCCAGCAUGAAAACGGUGGCGAUCAAGUCGAUCCGAAAAGAGCGCAUUAUUGACGACCUGGAUCGAAUUCACAUCCAGAGAGAGAUUGAGAUCACCUCCUCACUCAGACACUCCAAUAUUAUACGCUUCCAUGAGGUGUUCGAGAGUCGGGAUAAGAUCGUGAUAGUGAUGGAAUACGCCAGCAGAGGGGAGCUGUACGACUACAUACAGGAGAGGAAGCGGCUGCCAGAAACAGAAGCCAGAAGCAUCUUCAGACAGAUUGCCUCUGCUGUCCAUUACUGUCACAAGAACGGUGUCGUGCAUCGAGACCUCAAGCUGGAGAACAUCCUUUUAGAUGAAGAUUUAAAUGUCAAGCUGGCUGACUUCGGGCUUUCCAAUAAUUUCCAAAUAGGCUCCCUGCUGCACACCUACUGUGGAAGUCCUCUUUAUGCUGCACCAGAGAUAGUGAAGGGGCUGCCAUACACAGGACCAGAGGUGGACUGCUGGGCACUAGGGGUGCUGUUGUAUGCUUUGGUUUACAGCAGCAUGCCUUUUGAUGGGGCCAAUCAUGCUAAGCUGACAGAGCAGAUCAGCCAAGGCCACUACCGUAGACCCAAUCCACCUUCAGAUGCCUGCGCCCUCAUUGACUGGCUGCUAACAGUUCGCCCAGAAGAGAGAGCCACAAUAGAAGACGUGGCCCACCACUGGUGGGUAAACUGGGGCUAUGAAGAGAGUGUUUGUGACUGCCCCACAUCUCCACAUCAGGAAUGCCCUUCCCCGCUGCUGGCCCGCUACAUUGACUGGCAGAAUCAGGUUGGCACUGCGAGUCAUAUGGCAGCUGAUCCUGGAGCCAUAAGCCAGACUUUGGACUCCUCUUGCUGUCCUCAACCUGCGUCAAAGUCUUUUUACUUCAAUUUCCCUGUAAAAAAUGACUAUGAAGAAGGAGCCAGGGUUCGUGGAGGGAUUUCAAACCUCAGAAAGUCACGCAAGGAGAAUGCAAUCCCACAGAGUGCAAUGGGAGCCUGUGCUGAUGUUUGUUCAUCAACUGUCUCUUCUACUCCAAUGGCUACCUCAACACCAGAAAGAAGAAAACCUAAAGGUAUACUGAAGCACACAGGGGACACCGAGGGCCGACGCAGCCGCCCCUCUAGUGUGGUCAGCGAAGACAGCUUUUACUCUUCGGAUUCCUUCGAUCUGUUGGACUUCAGCACUCAGUCACAACGCAGGGUUUUCUCUCAGGAAAGGCAGCAAAGUAGCUGCAUCUCUGGAGAGAGCCUGGGGCAGAUAGAAACAGAGACAGGCAGAAUUGAAGGAGAUAAAGGAACUAAAUUCUAAAUAUGAAUGAUCUCUGUAAAUUUUACCCAUCAUGUAAAGCAACAUUUAUGAUGGUACUUGCUUGUAUGACCAUCAACACAGGAGAUUCUUUAAUCUACUGUGUGGAUGAGAUGAAAAGUGAGAUGAAAGUGAGCUAAUUUCAUCUCAUCCACACAGUAGAUCCUUUCCUAAUGUAUAGAAAGCAUGUGAAAAUAAAAUGUGAGAACAACAAAAUGUUAGUUUUUAACUAUUUGUAAACUAAAGUUACCUACUGUGGGUGUUAAGUUCAGAUGUUUACAGUGGUAUAUAUAUAUAUAUAUAUAUACAUGUGUGUGUGUAUAUAGGAUGCAAAUUCUACUAAACUGACUUUAAGUGUCAGAUUUUUAUGCACAAAGGUUGUUUUUUACUUUAUAAGCCUUAUGUGAAAUAAAUUGGUUCUGGCACACCAAUAAGCAGACUAAGGGCACUUUUUUUGUUUAUGUGAAAAUACUUGCCUUAUUACAGCUUCAACUUUCAUUUAAUAUUUCUUCUUCCUGUAUCUACUAAACAAAGAUGGUGUGAUGGAUUGGAUUAUCAUUUCAUUCAUGACAAGAGCUGCAUAUUCAGCUACUAUGAAGUAACUUAAAGAUAAUUUCUGCUUUAUUCAGCUGCCAAAACCUAGGAAACCGAAUUAAGCUGUAAAAGGAGAGUGUUGCAUCCUCUAACACCUUUAUUUAUUCCUUACAGUGUUGACUUUGUGCAAUUUGCUUAUUUGUACCUACACAGCUGUAUCAAUUGAACAUUGCUUUAUUUUGCUGUGACUGCAUCUAUGCUGCUGGGAAUGCUUUAGGUGAUAUGUGCAAAAGAUGUUUUAAAUUGAAAGUGUUAUGCUUGACAAAAAUAAGGUUAUUCCUUAUGUUGAAUUAUUUUGUACUUGUUCUGCAAUGGUAAAUAAAUUAUUUGAAUAAUAA